UCGAGUGCAUUUCAAGUCUACGAUCAAGUUGCGAAGAUGCCACCUAAAGCAAGCGGAAAAGCUGUGAAGAAAGCUGGUAAAGCUCAGAAGAAUAUUAGCAAGUCUGAUAAGAAAAAGAAGAGGAGGAGGAAGGAAAGUUAUGCUAUCUACAUCUACAAGGUGUUGAAGCAAGUUCAUCCUGAUACUGGAAUUUCCAGUAAAGCCAUGAGCAUCAUGAACAGCUUUGUAAAUGAUGUUUUUGAGCGUAUUGCGGCUGAAGCUUCACGUUUAGCACAUUACAACAAGAGAUCUACCAUCACUUCUCGGGAAAUCCAAACUGCUGUCAGACUUCUGUUGCCUGGUGAAUUGGCUAAACACGCUGUUUCUGAGGGUACUAAAGCCGUCACCAAGUACACCAGUUCAAAAUAAACGCUGCAGCGUCUUAUAAAUCAUCGGCCCUUCUCAGGGCCAACAAUAUUCUCAUAACGUUAAACAACUUGGUUAUAACUCAUUAUUGAAUAUUUUUUAACCCGAAUAUUUUCCAUUGAAUCCUAAAUAAUAAUGAUAAAAUGUGUUGAAUAAU